UCCCGCCGGCGGCUGCCCGGCAGCAGCCCCCGCAGCCGCCCUGAGCGAGGGGCUCUGCCCGGAGCCUGCCAUGAGGAUCCGCCUGGCGAGGAGGGGGCCCUGGGUGCGCAGGGGCUGCGCGCUGCUCGGCCUCCUGACGGCCGCCUACUUGGCGGUGGAGCUGUCGGUGUCGUCCUUCGGCGCCUCCCUCGGCGGGGGCAGCACCGCCGGGGCGCGGUGGGAGAGGCGCUUCUCCGGCGGAGCUGAAGAGGCGGUGGACUUGGCGCGGCCGGUGUAUGACAAAUCCCCGCCUGAUUCUUACGCCCCGGGAGAAUGGGGCAAAGCCACUCGCCUGCAGCUGAACCCCGAGGAGAAGAAGCAGGAAGAGGAGCUGAUUGAGAAGUACGCGAUUAACAUCUACGUGAGCGAUAAGAUCUCUCUGCAUCGGCACAUCGAAGACAACCGGCUGAGCGGUUGUAAAACGAAGUCUUACAACUACAGAAAACUGCCCACAACAUCUGUUGUCAUCGCUUUUUACAACGAAGCCUGGUCGACGUUGCUGCGGACAAUACACAGCGUUCUUGAAACCUCUCCUUCGGUGCUCCUAAAAGAAAUUAUCUUGGUGGACGACUUGAGUGACAAAGUAUAUUUGAAGACUGACCUUGAAAAAUACAUCAGCAGGCUGAAAAGAGUUCGUUUGAUACGGACCAACAAACGAGAAGGAUUGGUUCGCGCACGCCUGAUUGGAGCUACGUUUGCGACUGGCGAUGUCCUUACAUUUCUCGACUGUCACUGCGAGUGUGUCUCUGGUUGGUUAGAGCCGCUGCUCGAGAGGAUUGCUGAGAACGAGACUGUUGUGAUCUGUCCCGUCAUUGACACCAUUGACUGGAACACAUUCGAAUACUACAUGCAAUCAGCAGAGCCCAUGAUUGGGGGCUUUGACUGGCGGCUGACGUUUCAGUGGCACUCGGUGCCUAAACACGAACGUCUGAGGCGCAAAUCUGACACUGACCCAAUCAGAUCCCCGACGAUGGCCGGUGGCUUGUUUGCUGUCAGCAAGAAGUAUUUCGAGUACCUGGGUACCUAUGAUACGGGAAUGGAUGUUUGGGGGGGGGAGAACUUAGAACUGUCAUUUAGAGUUUGGCAGUGUGGAGGCAUGCUGGAAAUUCAUCCGUGCUCUCACGUAGGCCAUGUGUUUCCAAAGCGUGCACCAUAUGCUAGACCAAAUUUCCUUCAGAACACAGCACGUGCUGCUGAGGUGUGGAUGGAUGAGUAUAAAGAACACUUCUACAACAGAAAUCCUCCAGCAAGAAAAGAGAACUAUGGAGAUAUUUCUGAAAGAAAGCUGCUAAGAGAGCGUUUGAAAUGCAGGAGUUUUAACUGGUAUUUAAAAAACGUAUUUUCGGAGUUGCACGUACCAGAAGAUCGUCCUGGCUGGCAUGGUGCCAUCCGCAGUGCAGGAAUAUCAUCAGAGUGCCUAGACUACGUUUUACCAGAACAUAAUCCUACCGGGGCUCACCUUUCUCUCUUUGGAUGUCAUGGUCAGGGAGGCAAUCAAUUUUUUGAAUACACGUCAAAUAAGGAGAUUAGAUUUAACUCUGUAACUGAGCUAUGUGCUGAAGUUCCCGAGCAAGAGCAUUACAUAAGUAUGAGGAGCUGCCCAAAAGAUGGAUCUCCUAUCCCAGAAAUUAUUAUAUGGCAUUUCAAGGAAGACGGGACCAUUUAUCAUCCUCAUUCUGGAAAGUGCCUUACUGCUUAUCGUACUACUGAGGGGCGUCCUGAUGUGGAAAUGAGAACUUGUAAUACUGCAGAUAAAAAUCAGAUCUGGAAAUUUGAGAAAUAGCCACCACCAGCAGUAAGAAUCAAAUUGAAUAGAGUCUCCAAGGUUUUUACGUGCGAGAGCAGAUGAUAACGUUCGGUUGUAUACCUUGGAAUGUUUUCAGAUGCAUCUUCCCUGUAGUAGCAUAGAAAACAUGUCUGCUGUGGUGAACUGUAUGGAAAGCAAAAGUGAAUACUGGGAUUUAGUUUCUAAAACAGUGAUUACAGAUCUAAUGCCUUCUAUUUUUGUAAAACUUUGAUCCAUUAUUUUCUUAUUUCAGUCUGUCUUGAUUAUGUGGGAAAACAAAUCAUUUUCAGUGGACUAAAGAGGGAUAUUUUUUUUGCUCUUAAAGCUAAACAUGUUAAACCUGCAAGAUAUUGUGACAUGAAAGCAAAGAUGUUUUUACUCACGUCAGGGAAAGUUAAGGUUCUUGCAGCAGUGUUAACUGACCUAUUCUGUGGAUGCAUCGUAAUAUACAUAUGUAACAACCUAUGUGACACUACAGUAACGUGAUCAAACUGACAUUGAUGUGGAAAGUUGAAUCUUAAGCCUUGGAAUAUUUCUAGGUUUCUAGGGAAUUUACAUGCUAUCGAGGGUUUUAAGGUGACCUCUAGCUAUACUCCACUGAAGAAAAGGAAGGUGUUUUUAGUGGAUGCAUUUUGGCACUGCUUUGCAGUCUUGCUCCUGUUGUGGAAAGAUUAACCUGGCAAGGGUGAGUCGGGAGCUUGUGCACUUGGAAAAGAGUAGCAGCACUGGAACCAGGGGCAUGCUAGAGGUACUGUGAAUGGGAAGAAAGGGAGGUGGUUAGGAGUUCUGCUUAAAGGUAACGGAGAAGGAGAGAAAGCACAGAACAGCAUUAGCUACUGCUGUUUCUUUGCUAUAUAUUUAACAUUUACAUCAUCUUUGUGUAAACUUUUCCUUGUUAAGCCUGGCUUCCUGGGAACACAAAGUCGUGUGUGACUAUGCCAUGUAUCCAUUUUCUGGAUUUUGAUAAAUUUUACAGGUUUUGGACUGGCGGCAGGGUAAGGGUAGGGGAAAGGAACACAAAGGAAAAGUUGGGCUGUUUUAUUUUGUGUCAUGUGUUUUGGCACCAGCUGGCACGCUCUGCAACCGCAGUAGAGGUCUGAGAUAAUACAGCACACACAGCUUCUUCCUGCUCAUCGUAGUGUUGUGGGAGACCUCGGGAAAGGUUGAAAAGCAGGAGUUACUGAGGUAAGGGAAGUUGGAAAGGCAAAUGACAGCUUGGAAGAAAACAAGAUUUGAUAGUUAGGUGGUUCACAGGACAUCUUACCAUUUUCUGUAUCCUGUUACACUAAGUUUUCAAUAAUACUGAUUCUUGAAUCAGGUCACUGAUUUGCUUUGAGUGUGAUUAUAGGCAGUAGAUGUGACUGAUGUGUAUUGGAAAAAAAUGUCUUAGUGUCUGUUUUUAGCUAUAUAUGAUUAAGUUAAACACUUACUUUAAUGUUUCAGGCAUUCCAGCUCUUUUGGUUACUUUCACUGAAGUGGUAAAUGCUUUUUGGUAGCCACAGUACAGAAAUCCUUGUCACUGGGCUGGUAGGUAGGAACUUUAACUUGUGGGCAGUAAGAAUCUGGAUAAAGGCACCUGAGGAAUGUGGUAAGUGUGGGUUUGCUGCAGGCAUUGGUAGGUAGAAGGGUUUAAGUGAGACCUGAAGUAAGUGAAGAUAUUCUAAAACUAAAGUGAGAGUCAAUUAAGAUUAUAUGUUUGAAUCUAAGUGACUUUAGAGAGUCGAAGGAUAUUUAUGCAAACAGGCAUAGGGGAACAGAGGAAAAAAAUUUGGAGCUGGGGAUGUAGUGCUGAAUCAUGCUUAAAAUGCUUGCCACUGUGUGGCAUGGGUUGUUUUAAGCCUUUAACUUAUUUUUAGGAGGUUACUUGCAAUUUGACUCUUUUUUUUCUCCCUAAAAUGAUUUUUGGGAAAAAGGGAACUUCUUUACUAUAUAAGGGAGGCAUUCCUGAAAAAUUCCGUUCCACUGCAGCAAGGAAUUAUUCUGUGGACCUACAAGUUAUGAAUCACUGAUCAAAUUUUAAAAAGGCAGCCAGUCAUUAUGUACUGGGGCAAUAAAUUAUAAGAAGUAUGUGCUUUUGUGUAACGCUUGCUGUAAACUGUUACAUUCAAUAGAAACAACACGAAAAAGACCUGGAUUCUCCUACUUGGCAGAAACAUCAGUUGUAUAUGCAAUGCAUGUUUCCUCAGAUGAAAGUAAUUAAAUAGUGUGAAUAUAGACUAUGCAACUUUUAUACAAUUAACUUUUUUUAGGACUUGACAAAAACUAUAUUUCGUAUAAAGAAUACCUACUUGUUGAAUUUGACAUUCAAACUGUUCCUUAUCUAUUUAAGCAAUAAAUCUUCUAAGUGAAA